GCUCUGGGCUGCAGGAGGCGGCGGCUCGCGGCGGGGCGCUCGCUCGGGCGCCGCGGAGCCCGGGUCGUUGGGCCCAGGCCAGGGUCCCCGCGGGCGCAAGGCGAGAUGUUGAGGCGCGGCUUGGAAAACCGGGACACUCAAACCAGACAACUGCAAGAUGCUGUCACAAAUGUGGAGAAGCACUUCGGGGAGCUGUGCCAAAUCUUUGCUGCUUAUGUGCGGAAAACGGCCAGGCUGCGAGACAAAGCGGACCUCCUGGUGAAUGAGAUCAACGUGUACGCCUCCACAGAGACCCCAAAUUUAAAGCAGGGCCUGAAAAACUUUGCUGAUGAGUUUGCCAGACUUCAGGAUUACCGACAGGCAGAGGUUGAAAGACUUGAAGCCAAAGUAGUUGAACCUUUGAAAGCUUAUGGAACCAUUGUAAAAAUGAAACGAGAUGACCUCAAAGCAACAUUAACAGCAAGGAAUCGAGAAGCUAAGCAGUUAAAUCAGUUAGAACGAACACGUCAGCGAAACCCAUCUGAUCGACAUGUUAUUUCACAGGCAGAAACUGAAUUGCAGAGAGCUACGAUGGAUGCUACCCGGACAACUCGUCAUCUGGAGGAGACUAUUGACAAUUUUGAAAAGCAGAAAAUAAAGGAUAUAAAGACUAUAUUUUCAGAAUUUAUCACUAUUGAAAUGUUAUUUCAUGGCAAAGCUUUAGAGGUCUACACUGCUGCCUACCAAAACAUACAAAAGAUUGACGAAGAAGAAGAUUUGGAGGCUUUCCGAAAUUCUCUGUAUCCACCAGAUUAUUCAUCUCGUCUAGACAUUGUAAGAGCAAAUUCAAAGUCGCCUCUUCAAAGAUCACUGUCAGCUAAGUGUCUAUCUGGAACAGGACAGGUAUCCACCUGUCAACUAAGAAAGGAUCAACAAGCAGAGGAUGAUGAUGAAGAGGAUGAAGACUUGGAUGUUACAGAAGAAAAUUAAUUUUCUUAAGUAAACUUCACAUUUCAAUUUUCAUCUUAAAUGACUUGGAAUCCAGAAUUACUACAUUGUAAAACUUUAUACUGGCUUCAAACAUGUUAAACCUCAAAAUGAAAUCCUACUGGAAAUGAAAAUUAAAGAAAAUGUAUGCCGACCAAAAUUGAAAGUUUUAAAAAAUAUUACACAGCAGUCAUUUCAACAUCCUAUCUAACAGCAUGUGAUUUUUCUAUAGGUUCCAUUUUAAAAAAAUUAUGUAUUUCAAAAGUAUUUCAUAUUACUGCACUAUACCUAGUUGAGGUUGCAAUAUAAGUAGAUGACAAAAACAGAUCUAACAAUUCUACUUGCUUCUUUUGCUUUCAUUGCCAAAAAAGGGUCUUUAGUCAUUCUAAUUAAACAGAAAUUCUAUUCCAUAAAGCCUUAAUCAAAAAGACAAGGGUUUUUUUUUUUCCCUUACUUUUUUCACUUUUACUACAACCUUAAGUUUCAUGACUUUACACAUGACUUGACACAUAAUUUACUAUUCAACAAGUGUUACUACUUUUGAUUAAAGGUAAUGGGACACUAGGGACACUGUCUUAAAUUUUAGAUUCAAAUUUAGCAUAAAUUUUAGAUUCAAAAAGAAAGCUACAUUCAGCCUGAAUCUGGUUUAAAAAUGAAAAGUGCUAUCAUACUAAAGCAUUAUACACAGUACUACAACUUUUGGAAAGCUGUAACUUGGUGGAAUGUUGCCUAAGAAAUUAUCAUGAAAAACCCUAAAUCAUUAAAAGUAUAAAAAUUGUACCAAACCACCAUCUAAUUAAUGAAAGAGGAUAUAGUUACUUUUAUUCCUUAAAAUAAUCAAUUUAAUCGGAGCCUUUCAGUAUGUCCAGUUCUUUUGUUUCUUCGGAUGAGGAUUGUACUUUUGACAUUUCAUCGAUACCAGUUAGGCAUAUAAAAAUUAUGAAAUUUAUAAAAUCAUUUGGGAUAACCACAAGAAAAUUAUUCAUAACAGAAAAAUAAAGGCUUUCUAGAAAGCUUUUUGACUUUGUUAUUCAUGAUUCUGUUCUUAACAAAAUACUGCUUCCUGAGAAUAGUCCUAAGUGAUAAAAUUACUUCAGUACUUUUUAAAUAAAAUAUGCAAAAUGUUUUAAAACCCUAAAUGAAUUAAGACACUGAAGGUAUCAUUGCAUUUUUAUUUUCUCAGUAUUUAACUGCAGUGUUGUAGCUGGGAGGAAAAAAAUAAAACAGGGUUAAAGUA